GCUUAAAACAAGUCUACGUAGCAACGGCUAUGCAAUGCAUUGAUUGGUCAAAUACCACGCGUUUCUAUGUGUUCACCGGCGUCUACUAUUGAAUAGAAUUGGACAUUAAUUUUAAGUUUUAAUAAUAUGUUGUCGAGAAGAGAGAAGCUACUCAUUCAACCAUGGGAAGAUCGCAGGUUUAAGGAUCAUAGAUCUAAGGUAAAAUCAGCUCUGCCCUGCAUCGACGACCGCGCGCCCGCGGCCCGGCCGCACGUGGCGCUGAAGCUCAAGAAGUGUCAGAAGGAGUUGGACCGCAAGAACAAGAUCCAGAGCGACAACUUCAGUCUGCUGCAGCGGCUCGGCGCCAUCAUGAAGGUCAACCGGCUCGACAACCACUGGCGGAAACCCUUGCCCACUUUCCACAAGAAAGUGGGACAGUUUUUCGACUGCGACUCCGUGCAGCGCCUGCCGCCGCCCUGCUCCCCGCUGUCCCCCCCGGAGACCCUCGGCAGCGUCAGGUGCUACGCGUGCGAGUACCGUAAGAUGAAAAGCAAACAAGCCUUCGAGUUGGCAUUCGAAAACGACGACGGCGCGAUAGAUUUACCACCAAUAAACAUGUAUUAAAAUUGUUUUAAACGAAUUUCUUUUAGUAUCUUUGAGGUAGGUAGGUAGACAGAAAACUACCAAUUUGUUUACUAAGGCUAAGGCAUUUAAGGCUCGAUAAGUAAUAAAUAAAAUACCAUUACAUUGUAAUGUUUGGACAGAAUUUAUUGUUUACUGAUAUAAUAAUAAUAAAUCAUUGUGUUUAAUUGAAAACCAUAAUUUCCUAAAAUGGCGCCCGCCGCACGAGGCGGUGGACGCUUUCGGUUAAAAUCAAACAUAAAUACUAUGUUAUAUCAAAAAGCAUUUCAAUCGAAAGCUGGGCCCUCGUCUCUGACAUCAUCGUGACACGCCAGAGACUAGUUACUGACGUCACACGAAUGUAACACCGUAUCGUGACACCAGAUACUGUAGUCACUGACGUCACACGUAUGUGGCACUAUCAUGACACACCAGAGACUC